UUGGUACGUGAAACGCAUACAUACGGAGAGAGAGGGAGAGAGAUCAUCAGACUCAGAUGUGUACGAAUAGAUAUAGACACACAGGGAGGGCAUUGUACAGAGAGAUAGAGAGAGGGAAGAGAGAGCGCGAGUGAAAGGGACGGUUGUCCCGAAACUUGAUCGAUUCUCGAAGCAAACAACCGACGUCGAUUGCUUGCUUGCUUGUUGCUUCAGAUCUCUGCUUCUUCAACCAAUUGCUAGGGUUCUUUCUUCUGUAUAUAUCACGACGACGUUUCAGGCACUUGAGGAGUAGCAGCAGCGCCGGGGGCGUACACAUUCUCGGGCAUUGCUCUCUGGAUCCGCGGACAGUAUCGAACUCGAUUCCAAACUUCUGUUGAUUCGAUCUUUUCUACUUUAGUUCUCAAUUAGACAUGGUGGUGUCUGGGGCUGUGACACCUGGUCAGGUGUCCUUUCUGCUUGGAUUUAUCCCUAUUUUUGUCACAUGGAUAUAUUCUGAGCUGUUAGAGUACAAGAGAUCUGCAUCUCCUCCAAAAGUUCAUUCAGAUAAUAAUCUGGUUGAUUUGGCAAAUGAGACAAUCAAGGAAGAUGAUAGAGCCAUUUUGCUGGAAGGCGGUCUGACAAAGUCAGCUUCCAUGAAGUUUUAUCCUUCUUCCAUUAAAGAAAACUUAUGGCGGUUUUUAACCAUGGAAGACUCUUUCCUGCUAGAUAACCGUAUGAUUUUGAGGGCAAUGGCUGAGUUUGGGGCAAUCUUGGUGUAUUUCUACAUAUGUGACCGGACAGAUCUGUUGGCAGAAUCUACCAAGAAAUACAAUCGAGAUCUUUUCCUUUUUCUCUACAUUCUUCUUGUCAUAGUCUCCGCAAUGACAUCUCUGAAGAAACAUCAUGACAAAUCAGCAUUUUCUGGAAAAUCCAUACUUUACCUUAAUCGGCAUCAAACAGAAGAGUGGAAAGGAUGGAUGCAGGUUCUUUUUCUUAUGUAUCAUUAUUUUGCUGCAACGGAAAUAUACAAUGGAAUACGUGUUUUUAUUGCUGCAUAUGUCUGGAUGACUGGAUUUGGCAACUUCUCCUAUUAUUACAUUCGGAAGGAUUUUAGCCUUGCAAGGUUUGCCCAGAUGAUGUGGAGGCUAAAUUUCUUUGUGGCAUUUUGUUGUAUUGUUCUCAACAAUGACUAUAUGCUUUAUUACAUCUGCCCAAUGCAUACACUCUUCACCCUUAUGGUGUAUGGAGCGCUUGGUAUUUUCAACAAGUAUAAUGAGAUAAGAUCGGUGAUGGCCAUGAAGAUCCUCUCAUGCUUUCUCGUGGUUAUUUUGAUUUGGGAAGUUCCUGGAGUUUUUGACAUUUUAUGGAGCCCUUUCACAUUCCUGUUAAAGUAUGCUGACCCUGCAAAGCCAGAUCUUCCCCCGUUGCAUGAGUGGCAUUUCAGAUCUGGGCUUGAUCGCUACAUAUGGAUUAUUGGAAUGAUAUAUGCCUAUUUUCACCCCAAUGUUGAGAGGUGGAUGGAGAAAUUAGAAGAAUCUGAAAGCAGGCGAAGACGCAUGAUCAAGACGUGCAUUCUUGCAGCUUCUUUGUUUGUUGGCUAUCUCUGGUAUGAAUAUAUUUACAAGUUGGACAAAGUCACAUAUAACAAAUACCAUCCCUACACAUCAUGGAUUCCAAUAACUGUCUACAUUUGCUUGCGGAAUUUUACUCAAGAGCUUCGCAAUUUCUCGUUAACUCUCUUUGCGUGGCUUGGCAAGAUAACCUUGGAGACCUAUAUUUCCCAAUUCCACAUCUGGCUGAGAUCGAGCGUGCCUAAUGGUCAGCCCAAGUGGCUUCUUUCUGUAAUCCCAGAAUACCCUAUGCUUAAUUUCAUGCUCACUACUGCUAUCUAUAUCUUGAUAUCCCAUCGUCUCUUCGAACUGACGAACACCCUGAAGUCUGUUUUCGUACCCACAAGAGACAACAAGAAGUUGCUUCAUAAUUUUCUCGCUGGCAUUGCAAUUUCUGUCUGUCUGUAUUUCAUCGGAUUCAUUCUUCUACAGAUCCAUCAGUAACAGAAAUCAGACGCCACGAAGACUGCCAGGCAAGGCAUUUUGGUGUCAGAUAUGGCACCAAAACUAGAUGGAGUGAAAUAAUAUCGAUGCGAUAACGCAUACAUGCUGCUGCUAUGGUAGGUUAUGAAGCUAAAAUCACUCCCCAUUGCUCUGUAACAGCUACAGCAGAAUGCCGUUGCGUGCUUCUGCCAUUUCGGCCUAAGGCUGGUGAUUACAGGUUUUGUUUUUUGUUUUUUGGUUUAAACCUGAUCUUGUAAUAUUCUUAAUUACUAGGUUGCUUCUUCCAAGUUUUGUAUUAUUUGAACCUUCCUUUCUUGUUAACCAAUUUUAAUGCCCACAAAUUGUAGCCUUUGUGAUGUGGAUUUGUUGUUUGUCGUCUAAACCUUGAAUAUGAUUAUUAAUUAAUUCUUUGUCGAUUA